CCCACUGCGCAUGUCUGAAGCCUCAAGUUUUGUCAGUGGGAGGGAAGCUAGCACGCUGCUCUUUGAAGUGGACUGACAGCUCAGCUCCCUUCCUGCCACUCACUUCUCUUCAAAUUCUCAUUUAACUCUAUUCGGCGUAAAUACUUUCACUCUGAACACCGUCCAGACGCGAACAAACGGCGACUUUUGCCUCCUGACUUCUGCUAUGGCCGGCAGCGCCACCAAGACAGUGUACGAGAUUUUCCAAAGCAUGGAGUACGGACCAGCAACACCUUCCAGCACUGCUACUGCACAGGCCUGGCUCGAUCAUCAUUCCCGCUCUCUGGGUCUCUUCAUCAAAGGCAAAUUUGAGCGUCCAGCAAACAGACAGAGCCACACUCUGUCUGAUUCUAAAGGCAAUGCUUUGUGCACCAUAACAUGCGCUGCAGAGGGCGAUAUUACCGGGUGUGCCUCCUUGGCUGUUACUGGCCACAGAGUCUGGAGCAGCCUGACCUGCCUCCAGAGGGCCAAAGUCCUGCUCAGGAUGGUGAGCGUUCUCGGGCAGCACGGCCAGUGUGUGUCGGAGCUGUGUGAGAUGUGCGAGGCCUCCUGCUCGUCCUCCGCUCUGGUCAGACUGCUGCAGUUCUACAGCGGCUGGGCUCAGCUCAGAGACACACUCAUGGCCGACUGGAUGCCUCUGGAUGUGGUGGAAGUUGUCGCCUCUGAUGACUGCUCACUCUACUCCCUUAUGCUCAAAGUCUUACCAGCAUUGGCCAUGGGUAACUCUGUGAUCGUCGUCCCUGGUCGCAGCACCGCCGCUCCAGUGCUGCUCUUGGCUCAGCUCUUCACAACAGCUGGACUCCCUGCAGGGGCUUUGAAUGUGUUAACAGGAGCUGAUAUCAGUCUGGCCGUCAAAGUGGCUCAAAACCUCGUCAUCAGCUGCGUCACUUACAGCGGCAACAAGCAGGAUGGCGUAACUCUGUGUAAGGCCACUGCAGGGUUGGGGGUCCCCGUGUCCGUCUCCCCGUGCAUCGGCGCCACGUGUCCCUUCAUCGUCUUCGAGUCGGCGGACAUCGACAGUGCUGUGGAUGAAGCGAUAGAGGCGGCCUUCAAGAAGAAGAAAGAGGUCUACUGGGUGUUGUGCGUGCAGGAGAGCGUGGUGGACAGCGUGGUGGCUCGUCUCAGGCUGCGUAUGGCCGGGAUGAAGUGUGUCCCCCUGCUCAGCGAUGCCCACAGGGCUCUGGUGGACGCUGCAGUGCAAGAAGCUCAGCAGCAGGGAGCCACGUUGAUCCAGUCCAGCACCGCCCCUCCCCCUGGAGCCCAGUACCCUCCCACGGUGCUUUGCAACGCCGCCUCCUCCUCGCCAUGUGUGGUCGCCCCCCCUCCUGGACCGCUGCUGCCUCUCAUGACCUUCAGAAGCAACACAGAGGCAGUGACUCUGGGGAACCACAGUCCUCAUGGUCAGGCUGCAUCUAUCUGGACUGAAGACCUGACGCUGGCUCUGGAGACGGCCAACAGUCUGUCGGUCGGCUCGGUGUGGGUGAAUUCCCACUCUGUGUCUGAUCCCUGCCUGCCUUCAUCUGGUCACAAAGACAGCGGCACCUGCACCGAUGGAGGACAGGAGGGUCUUUACCAGUUUCUAUGUUCGUCCUCUUCUACCGGUCCUCCUCGCUCCUCCCCUGCUCCAAUGAACUACUCAGUGUUUGGAACAGCAGCACCUCCAGCUAUCAUUCCCGAUCAGUCAGACUCUUCCAGUGGUCCUCCAUCCUACCAGCAGUUUGUUGGUGGAAAAGCCUGUAAGUCGGCGUCUGGCUGCAGUGUGGCCGUUCAGUCACCAGGUGGCGACGGCGUGUUGGCUUACUGUCCAGAUGGAGGCCGGAAAGACGUCCGCAACGCUGUGGAGGCUGCAAUCAAAGUCCAGCCGGGCUGGAUGAAAAAGAGUCCGACUGCACGCGCUCAGUCGCUGUACUCUCUGGCCAAGGGCCUCGAGUCAAAGAAGCAGGACGUCGCGAAAUCUGUCGUCAUCCAGACCGGUCUGUCGACAGACGAGGCCGACAAGGAGGUGGAACUCAGCGUUGCCAGGCUCAAUGUCUGGGCGGCUUAUUGUGAUAAAAUCCAGGGAGGAUCUUUGCCCAUGCCGAGAUCAGGCUCUGCUCUGUCCUUCCCUGAAGCCCUGGGAGUCGUGGGCGUCGUCCUACCUGACAAAAACCCUCUCCUCUCCAUGGUAACGCUUCUUGGGGCAGCCGUCGCCACGGGCAACGCUGUUGUUAUGGUCCCCAGUCAGAAGUACCCGCUGCCGGCCUUGGCCUUCAUUCAGGUGCUCCAGUCUUCAGACCUGCCCGCGGGUCUUGUAAACAUCAUCUCAGGAGGUCGAGACCAGCUGACUGCCGCUCUUGCUAAUCACAGCGUCAUCAAAGCCAUCUGGUACUGGGGCAGCGCUGAGGUGAGGACUCGCACAAACGCCCAGAUUUCAUCGAUGAACUCGUGUCAUCUAAUCAUCUUGACUCGUGUCCUCUUAGGGCCGCCAGUACCUCCAGCACACCUGCACCAACCCCCUGAAAACCCUGCGCCUGUUUUGCCAAGAGGACGACGGAGGGAUGAACUGGACUCGGUCCGAGCCGUCCUUCCUGGAGGAGAUCUGGAGAAACGCCGUCCAGUGGAAGAGCGUGUGGAUUCCUACUGCAUAAGAAACAGGGAGAAUAAAUAAAAGAUGAAGGUGACAGGGAGAGAGAGGAGGGGAGAGCUACAAAUAUCUACUCUUAUAACAUCAGUCUGUAGGAUGUAGAUUAAACGAUUGAAAAUUAACUGCAACCAGGUCAGACAAGAUGGAAUCAACAGCAAGGGGUGAGCAGAACGAGGAAUGAAAAGCGUAUAUAUAUGUUCCAAUAGAUUUAAUGUGGAGAUUAGAGCCACGGAGACUCAAUGUGGGCAGAAUUUUAGGACACAAACAGGUAAAAGUUCAUUGCUGUGCCAUAAAAAUGUGUCAGUGAAGCCUUUAAAAGACAAACCUACAGGGGUUCGUUCCCUCACUGUGAUUAUAAAAUGGCCGGAGCAGGUUAGUCCUCUUAUCAAACUCACAAGUGCAAUGCAAACACAGAACCACACCUAUGAGAGGUAAAUCAGCAGAUGUGCUACUGAAAACCAUAUCCGUCUGCUCGUUGAGAUAAAAGAACUGUACUUGAUUGAAUGACUCUUCUAUGCAUUUUUCUGUUUAUGGAAUACGAUGAAGGACAGCGGUGGCCACACGAGUCACCUGUAGGAUCGUUUCAUCGCUGGUUCUGGCGUUUUCACAUCCUUACCAUUAGAAGACUGUCCUUUGGAGCUCGUGUGAUGUUUUGUUUGUUUGGCCAAAAACCCCGAAGAAUACAUCUGGUACAUAGACGCUCCAUCGCCAAUAGCUGCCCCUUCGUAUGGUUGGAUUCUUGUUUUUUUUGGAAGCUUUUUCUACUAAGACCUGUUGAUUUUCUACCUCUGCUUUCUACUAUCGUGCUUAUUUUUCUUCACACCUCGGCUUGGUCUGUUGCGUAUAUCUUUACUUUUGGGUCAGGAUUUGUUUGGUUCAUGCUAAAAAAAAAAAAAAUAACAAAAAACUGAGUUGGAAGGAUUUUAAACACAAGUCUGUUCAGUCUGCCACCUGAAACCUCGCCUGCCUUAGAGCUUUGCCAAUGACUCAGCAAAAACGCAUCGACUCAGUCCGAACACACACAUCUUCCUGCUCUGUGUGUGUUUGUUGCUGUACAGUAAUACUGUAGACACGGGAGGUCUCCUGUUGUCCUGUGGCUCAAACAUUCCCAGUGAAAUCCAAGUUCACUUUGUCAAAUCAGUCAUGUUUCCAGAUGUGUGUGUGUGUGUGUCGCCAGAGCAUGACGCUGUGGGUCUCUCUGUCUAGAAGCCAUGAUUAAAAGAAGAUAAUUUAAUGAAUUGAA